AUGUCGGAGAACCGUGGAGGUGGUGGUGGAAGGCAUUUAGAUGCAACUGGAGACCGGGAAGUUGUCUAUUGCCACCAGUGCCAUGCGGAGUGGUAUAAUGAUGAGCACGGAUUAGAGUGUCCUACCUGCGAGGGACAGAUCACAGAAAUAGUAACUCCUGGCGAGAGCGAUCCAAGACCUGCUGCCGAACCACAGAGCCAAGUUCCUCCAGAUUUUGAUAGAAUACGGAACCAUAAUCCGUGGGAAACGACCGACUCCGAUCCAGAAGAGGCAGAUAUAGAUGAACAUGUCACCGGUGUCCGCAGUCCUGGUGGCGGACCUCGCGUAACAUAUUUUACACGGACAAUCAGAUCUCGCGGCGAUGGACGAGGUGAGCGAAACGCAGAGGGAAGCGAAGAUAAUCCAGAUGUGGUCAUGACAGAUUUCCAAAAUAUGCUAAGUGGUCUGAUCGGCCCUGCUUUUCAGGCUGGUCAACCGGGAAGAUCUGGCCAGGAUACUUUAUUUAAUGGAGGAGGACCUUUCAAUGCUGGACCUGCUGGAGGUGGAAAUGUGCAUACUUUCGGAGGUCGCACAACAAACGGACACAUUAUGGGGGCGCGAUAUACAUUUACUACAAAUCUUCCAGCUCAAGGUGGUCCUGGUCAACGAGAAGGACAAGGCGAUGAUAUUACUGCACUCCUUGGUAACAUCUUUGGCGGCAUGGGAGCUCAUCAGGAUCACGUCCAUGAACACGGUCCACGGCCAGCAGGUGGAAUGCCUCCGGGUUUACAGUCACUUUUUGCUGCCUUAUUGAAUCCAGCAAACAUGCGAUCUGGUGAUGCGGUAUACUCGCAAGAAGCCCUGGAUCAAAUUAUCUCGAAUUUGAUGGAACAACACCCUCAAUCAAAUGCUCCAGGUCCAGCAUCACCUGACGCAAUUGCCUCAUUACCAAAAAAGAAGGUAGAUGAGAAAAUGCUAGGUGACGACGGCAAGGGCGAAUGUAGCGUUUGUAUGGACGACGUUCAGCUUGGUGAAGAAGUCGUCUCUUUGCCAUGUAGCCAUUGGUUUCACGAAACAUGCGUCGGUCUUUGGCUGAGCGAGCACAACACAUGCCCAAUAUGCCGAAAAGGCAUUGAUAGUGCAACGACCCCAGCAUCGAACACCCAAGGAGCAACCUCAACUAGCUCCCCGAGCCAGAAUCCCUCGUCUCCUUGGAGAGAUAACCGCGGUCCAGAGCGGCCAGAUCGCUUAAGCAGAAGCAACACUACAGGAAGUAGGAACGAAUCCAGGUUAGCCUCCAUCCGUCAUUUUGGAAGGCUAACACCAACACAUGAAGACGAACCCGCAGCUCAAGCCCCUAGAAGGUGGCAGGUUGUCGGCGACAGAAAUCCUUAUUCAACAACAUCUGAGCGGCAGUCGGACCCGUCGUCCCCUCGCAGACUUCGAUCCUCGAGACAAAAUUCAGAUCAGUCGGCUCCUCCUCCUAGAAUUAGAUCCUCGAGACAGAAUAGCGAAAGUAGCGGGAGAAGUUAUACUAGCGAUCUGAGUUCCAGGAGACGAAGUACAACUGCGACGUCUCAGGCUGAAAGUGGUGGGGGAAGCGGUCCUUUUGCGUGGUUGAGAUCGAGAUGGGGUGAUCGUGGCACUCGAGAUGGGAGAUAA